AUGGCCAAGAAUCUACUCUACCAGCUAUGCAUCAAAGAUGAUCGACUAAUGGAGUACGUCGAUGCUGUCAUGUCGGAGGAGGGUCAGGCGGUCCUACAGAGACCCGAACUCGCCAACAAACUUGUUACCACUGCGAUGAAAAAUCAGGAGAAGCUGUUUGUCAUCAUCGACGGUGUUGAUGAAUGUCUCAAGCCGGAGAAGAAAAAGAUCAUUCAAUGGAUUCAGUCCAUGGUCGCUGCUGGUCCAGACACAUCAGACGAUGACGACGACAUGACCCAACCAGACAGCACCGGUACGCUGAGGCUUCUAUUGGUCAGUCAAGAAGAUGCAGAAUGCACGAGGCUUCUGAAAGGGUAUCUGUUGGGCUGGCGACCUAGGAAAGUCACUGGCUGCGAAAAUGAGGCUAAAAUGGCCAAAAAAUGUAAGAAAAUCCAGCCCCAAGAGCAAACCGGUGUGGGUCUGGGAAAACCUGGGCCCUUUGGUGCCCCACAGUAUCCGACACUCAAGAUAAGUCCAGAAGAUAAUCAUGACGAUAUCAAGGCCUUUUGUGAGUACUGGAAACCGAAGAUCAGAGCGAAACACCCCAAACUUCAAGUUGGCGAUGGACCAGCUUCCACCACUUCCAAUGUUCUUGCUCGUGCAGACGCCUUCAGGCUUCGUGAAGAACUCGAAUGGUUGCGCCAGGAUAGUGGGAAGCUGGGUGUCGUUGGCAAGCUGAGCUAA